CCCUGGGGGACAGCAGGGACAGGGAAGGGUCAGGACAGCAGGGCACAGCCCCGCAGACUACAGACUCGAAGGACAGGUCCUAGGCAGAGCUGCCGCCAAGAGUCGAGGGAGAAUGCCCACAAAUGGAAGGAAAGUCCAGCAAUCCCAGCUCACCCAUGUUCCUUUAGAGCAAGCUGGCCUUCAGCUCCCAGGCUGGCCUUCUCAGCUGGCCCCUGCUCCAGCCCAUCUGAAGCAGCUAUCACCUCCAUCCCGCCUCCCCUGUCCCGGGCCCUUCCCAUCUACAGACAGCUGCCGUUCAUCUUUUCUGGGUGAAUCACUUCCUCCUGCUCUAGCCAGGCCCUGGUCUCCCUUCAUUUCCUCCUCCCCAUGGCUUCUGCUUCUCACAGGUUUCCCAUGAAGGGGAGUUGUCAGAGGUGCAGAAGUACACUCCUUCCAGGCCAAGGCAGGAGCACUGCCCGCUCCCAGCUGCUUCUCCUCCCUGUGGUCUGGCUCCUGCUGAGGAUGCGGAGGGAGCCCUACCCUAGACACAGCCUCACUCAGCCCCACCCUAGAAGGAGAGAGAAACAAUCAUUGAGGCCCGCCUGCCUCCUAAAAAUACAUACCAGGGCUCCUAGAGGGCAGGGCUCAAGGCUUUUUAUGAUAUUGCCAGCACAGUGCAGGGGAUUGAGGCAUGCAUUUUAAUAACCAAAAGAAUAAUAAACAACCACCUCUGUGGGCCAAGGCUGUGGGUGGAGAGGCAGCUCUACAGGGGAAACCUGAGCCACCAACCCUACACCCUGAUAAGAUCUGUAGUGGGAAUUAAAUCACUUCCUCCCUUGGUGCAGCUGAAGCUGUGUGAAGUGUGAUGCCCACCAGAGUUGGCACAGAAGUGAGCCAGGCCAGGGGGCUGCACAGCAGAUAGCUGUUGGGCCCUGUUCUGUGGUACCCCGAGCUGGUACACCCUCAUGGAAUAAGCCAGGAAAAGUCUGGUGGUCAGUGACCCAGGGAAUAAGAAGGGAGUGGCUGGGGUUAAGAUGCCAGGCCCUGGCCAACUGGUUUGGAGUCAGGGGUGUACAGAACCAGGAAGUGUUACUCAGUCCAGAUCCCCCUGCUCCACCCGACAGCCCCACCCCUCGUACUCUCUCCGGGGCUGCAGUGGGCUGCAGCAGCUCUGAGGAAAGCUGCCCUCCCAGCCAGGCCUGCCUCCUAGGCUUGGCCCAGACUCCUCCCCAGAGGAGGGGCCCCCAAAUGAAGCCCAGGAAGCCGGAUGGGAAGAACUGGAGGUAGCAAGGCCCUGGCCUUCAACUGACCUCUUCUGCCCUGAGGCAAAUCAAGGGUAAAUCAAGGAAGGAUGAGGAAAUGGAGCAGCCAGCCUUGGUGUCAGGCCAAGGGAAAAGCAGUUCUCCCCUCCCCAAGGUAAGGCUGCUCGGCUGAGAAAACUUGAAGUCACCCUUGGCAUGCCCUGAGCCCAGCCCUGGGAGGAGCCAGCCCUUUAUAGGAACGGGGCUGCUCCUCGUUAACAUCCCCCCUGCCUCCUUCCCCCAUCCUUGCGGGCUCUGCUAAUGAGGGCCUGUCACUGGGUGCAGGGCUGAGUCACCCACACCAGCGACAGGUCUCCCUUCCUUCCCAACAAUCCACAAGCCCGCCUUUCAGUUAACUCCCACCUCCCUUAGCUCCUCCCUCUAGACACAUGGGGGGCUGGGGAGCCGCGCCUCCCUGCCAGGGCCUGGGGCAGUGAGGCUGCAGGGGAAGAGGAGGCAGCAUAGUAACCCACAAAGCAGGGCUUCCCCCAGACGAGUCCCCAGAGGAAUCUUAAGCUCCCCAGAGCCCCUGGGGUGUUGGCUGCGCUGCCCCAAUCCCUGCCUGCGGAUGCUGCAAUUACCUCAGAGCGUGAAACCUGGCUUCCCACCUGACUGAGUCAGCGAAGACAACAACACAGCUCCACCACCACCACACACUGGCACAAACAGCAAGCCACUAAUCAGAGUCCAAGACCAACCGGCGGAGAGGCCCGGCCCCACGCUGCCCUGGAGACCAGGGAGAAGGUGAGCUUGGGCCCAGGAGGAGCCCGGCGCUGGGGAAGAAGAUCCACCUCUGACUGCCACGGCUGCCUUCACUCCAGCUCUGUAAGUGCUGUUUCUUCCUCCUGGGGUUUUUCCACUGCCCUAUCAAGUAACCAGGCCACUCCUGUCCCUCUGGGAAACUCCGGUCACCAGGAACUCCCAGCUCUCAGCUCUCCUGGACAGGAGUGCCCACAUCCCGGGACCUCGGUUCACCAUCCAUGAUGCUGGCUUGAAGGUCUGUGCUGAGCAGAAACCUGGAGGCCCCCGCUUCUGCCCACAAGGGCUGCCUCGCUGAUUCUUGCCCAUCACUGCUCCAGUGGGACCAGAUGGUCCCUAGCUGCCCUUGAUCCAAGCUUCUGAGAUACCAAGCUUGUCUGCUGGCUCCCUGGGGCCCAAUGGAAACCUGGCGGAAAGGCUCCUUCCGCAAUGCCUCCUUCUUUAAGAGGCUGAGCCUGGGGAGGCCACGGCGACUCCGGCGACAGGGCAGCGUGCUCAGCCAGGCCAGCACGGCCGGCGGGGACCAUGAAGAGUACAGUAACCGAGAGGUCAUCCGGGAGCUGCGGGGGAGGCCAGAUGGCCGGCGCCUGCCACUGUGGGGGGAUGAGCAGCCCCGGGCUACCCUGCUGGCCCCACCCAAGCCCCCGCGCCUCUACCGAGAAAGUUCCAGCUGCCCCAACAUCCUGGAGCCCUCGUCUUCCUACACCGCUGCCUACUCAGCGACCCUGCCUUCGGCACUCUCCCUGGCAGACACCCUCCACCAGUACUCUGAGGAGGGCCUUUUGGACACACCUCCCUUCCAGAGGACACCUGCUCCGGACCUCAGUGAUCCCUUCUUCUCCUUCAAAGUGGACCUGGGGAUUUCACUUCUUGAGGAAGUUCUACAGAUACUGAGGGAGCAGUUUCCCAGUGAGCCCUGCUUCUGAAUGGGGAGAGGGUGGGCAGAGGUGGGGUGACUGGAAGAGCCACAAACCUAGGGACCCAUAGGAGGGGCAGUCAUGGUUUAAGAAAAAGGUAGAGAAGGAAUCCAGGGCCCUGCCUGCCCUCUGGGUCCUGAACAGUCCUCUGAGUCAUCCCAGACUGGAGGGACAGAGGUACAGAGGCAAGCUGCAAAUGUGCAGGGGCACCUGCUAGCAGGAGCCCUGAGGGCAGCUAGCUCAGUGGGGAAAUGGAGGCCAUGCCUGCAACCACCAGGACCAGGUGAAGGCCAGCAGAGGGGGCGGGUGGCAUAAGGGGAGAGUCUGGGAGUGGACGACACACAGACUGGGCACAACAAAUAGAUGCCCUGUGCCAGCUCCCUGUUAAGCCACUGUCAACAGAGAGAGGCUACAGGACAGGUCUGGGCAAAAGUGGUCCAAUCCAGGCUGAAGAGGAACGUGGGAGACCCAAGGGGAGAGGGGUGAGACAGGUGUGACCUUGUCUAAUAUGACAGCCACUAGCUACAUGUGGCUAUUUAAAUUUAAACUAAUUUAAAUUAAAUAGGAUUACAAGUUCAGCCCUCAGUCACACCAGCCACAUUUCAAAUGCUCAGUAGCCACAUAUGACUAACGGCUGCCACACUGGAAUGCGCAGAAUGACCAUGAACAUCAUUAGAGAAAGUUCUAUUGGGCAGCGCUGGCCUUGACCAUGGCUUGGGAAGGGGGAAGCAUAUGGUGCCUGCAAAGGAAGGGAGGGGCUGUCAGAGUAGUUACGAGUGAGGCAGGCAGAGUCACAGAGUGUAACUCAGGAAAAAGGCCAAACAAAUCAUUAGCAGAAAAGGAGGCACAAGAGACUCAAAGUGCCAGCACAGCUGCCUGGGCACUCCCUGGUGCUGAAGGAAGGUGGCUCUAGGGAAUGCCAGGCACAGGCGCAGACACAGCUUGCGAAGCGGUGCUCUGGGGAAUUUCCAGAAUUAUUAGUGAUAGGGGCCCUUGGGAAAUGCAGCAAAAACAGUGGCAGAUUUCCCUCAUUCCCUCACCCAUGAGAAUAUGGGAGGACUGGAUCGGGGACAGACAUGAAAAUCGUGGCUGUUACGGUGAAGAGGCACAGCUGGUCUCCAGAAUCCUUGCUAGGACUGAGGAGCUCUGCCUUGCUCAAAAUCUCUGAUGAUGGGGGCUAUGGCCCCAUCCUGCAGUCUGGCCAGAAGACUUGGAGCCAGAGCCAAGUUGGCCAUGUGGUUCUGAUGCCCCAGGCCUUUCCAGGUGUGGGAGAGGGAGAGACGGAAGCCUGGACACACACUGCUUCUACAGCCCAAACUUUGUGGCCUCCCCCUGCCCUCCUAAUGUGUGGAUGUUCCAAGCUGAAAACUCCCCUGUGGGUGCAGAUGAUGAAUAAAGUUCUUUACAGCACA